GUAGUUAGUACGUCCCAUAGAAAAGCUAAACGUCCAGUGGUUUUCGCGCCUUUUUUAUUGCUGUUAAGCUCAGAGUAUCUGAAACUGUGCUGCUGAAAUUUAUUGUUUAAUACAAUGUCAUUAAGUGAAUUUACACCAGAAAACCUCCGACAAAAUAGAGACACAUGGUUGGGCUACUUGGAAAACGCAGAUAUUUGGAACAGUAUCCCUCUGCUAAACGUAAAUGAGCCCCACAAUUUCAAGCACGAAAGUCCUGUUAGAUUUCGUGGAAUGGUACAAGAUAUGCGCAGUCCUGAAUUCUACUUGGAGGAAUUCGAAAGUGUCAACUUAGACACCAACGAGAAGACACCGAGGUACGCCAAGUACGCAGAUGAUUUUGUACUAAAGGAAAAUGAAAAGGUGGAGUUUGAACGUGAAGAUUUCAAAAAGGCUGAAAGACAGUCUUACGUUGUUAUUUCAACGCCUGGUUUAAACAGUUGGGUGCAGAUUUAUGAAGAGCAAAUGGAAAAAAUAAAUCCAAUUCCUGUUGAAGAAGUGAAAAGCGUUAAACGGGCAGUUGAAGAUGAAGAAAUGGAAACUGAACCAAUCGAAAUCAAACCACAGACCAGUAAAAAACAAUGCACACAAGAGAAUCAACCAUCAAUAAGCUCUGAGGUAAAAAAUAGUAUAGUUUUGAGAGAACAUUCGAAGAGUUUUCCUUUGCCAGAAAGAUCUGGCAAGAAGUGUCAGAUUAUUUUAUAUGAUAACUAUGAUGAAUUGAAACUGAAUGAUCUUGUGGAAUUGGUGGGAUUUCUUUCUUUUAAUCCAGCAUCUCAGGCUUGUAUAGAGGAGGAGGAUGAGUCAAAAUUUGGAGUGCAUCAACCACCAGUAUCGAUUGUUCCAAGAAUCCACUGUGUUAAGUACAAAAAAGUAAUACACAAUAAUCCCCUAAUCAAAGAUGAGGUACUUCCCACUGAAAGAAUGCAAUUUUUAAAAAAAGAAUUGAUGAUUGUUUUAACACAGUUACUGUUGGGUGAUACAUUAGCUGCAGAGUAUUUAAUCUGUAAUUUGGUGUCGGAGGUUUACCUUCGUAAAGACAUGUUGGCUUUAGGAAAAUUUUGUUUGAAUAUCUCGAAUGUACCACAGUUUGAAAACAUUGAUUAUGUUAAAACAUUAUAUGAGUUUAUUGAAAUGUUAGUGCCAAAAAGCCAUUAUUUUCCAAUGACAUUAGAAAACAUGAACAACCUACCAUUUGUUCCCAAAAAGGAUUAUGGAACUGAUAAUUUAAACAGUGGCAUUUUACAAUUAAGUUCAAACACACACUUAGUGCUAGAUGAAACUAAACUAUCACCAGGAAAAUUAAACACUUCAGGUGUAAACAACUUAAGAGCAUUAGCAUUGAGUAUCAAAAAUCAAAAAAUCGCUUACGAUUUUCAGUAUUAUCCUGUAGAAUAUAACUGUGAUAUUCCCUUCUUGAUUUUGUCUGAAGGAAAAUCUAUGCUAACACCAGAUUGUCUUUUAAAAUUAAAACCUGAGGCUUCUUGUAUCAGCACAUUUGAAGAAAUACUCCAAGCAGCAAAACAUUUCUUAAAACCAGACCUUUUAAAUGAGCUGAGAAUUUAUCUUACAUUAGCCAGGCACACAAAAUAUGAAAUCAAUGAUGAUAUUCAAAAUUUGGUGCAACAGGAAUUUGUUAAUAUGAGGCAAAAUGAAAACGGUGUGACAGCUGACGAUUUGCACAAUCUUUUAGUAUUGGCCCGUCUUGUAUGUAUUUCAGAAGGCAAAAAUACACUUGAUGAUUCAUGCUGGAAAAAAGCCUGUGAAAUGGAGCAAGAGCGCAAAAUCAGAAUUACUUAAUGAUAUUUGUUAUUUAUUUUAUGUAUUUUUUUAUUUAAAUAAAAACGUUUU